AAGGCAGCAGCAACAAUAACAACGUUGUUAUUGAACAACAGCUUUCAUUCAUUGCCACACGUGGCCGACAUUUACCUUGUGUUUUCAUCCGGUUAUGAUGUCACUGUUAUUAUUGCACAUUUGACAGCUCGCCUUAUGACAAAAGUAUUUAUGAAGGGGGUCAAAUAUGAAGAGAUCCCAGAAAUGGUCCUAUAAAUACUGGGCUUCUUGAUGAUCAUCGACUGCUGCUGGUACCAGGCGCUGCACUUUUUAUCGUUGUUUUACACUUAAAAGGGCUUUGUCCAGACAUGCACCCUCUGUCCCGACCGGGCUAUGUGUCUAUAAAUGUUUCAGGACCACUAAGUGGAAGUUACAACAACAACAAGCAGUGGAGAAGGCAUUCCUUCUGGAGGAGAUGGAAGCAGCUGUCCAGGCUACAGCGGAGUCUCAUCCUCUUCUUGCUUCUCCUCCUCUUCAUCUGUGGAGUUGCUUUCUAUCCCACAGUUACCAAACACCUCAGAGAAAGGGAACAAAACAAAGAGAGAAACGACCUCCUGAGACCCUUCAAACCUCCUGUGCUGCCAGAACCUGUCAAACAGCUACGAGAACAGCCCUCUCAGGUUCAGAGAUCUAAUAGUGAUAGACCAAAUAGGAAAUUGUCCAAUAAGAGAGGACCUCCUGUCCUUCAGAACCAUCUUCAGAAGAAAGCAAAUGCAUCAGAUGCUGCAGCUGACAGCAYGAAGGAGGUAGAACAAGGUGUAGUCAUCAGCUGGCGUGGGGCAGUGAUCGACACUGACCAGGUCACAGACGUCUCCAAGAAUGAGGAAAACAAGGAGGAUUCACCUGCCAAUCAGGGUGACAGUUUUAAAGAAGAUUUAGAAACUAACCGGAUGGAGGCAGUGCGGGAAGCUUUUAGACACGCUUGGAAAGGUUAUAAAGACUUUGCUUGGGGCCAUGACGAGCUUAGACCCAUCUCCAAAACRUACAGUGAGUGGUUCGGUCUGGGCCUGACACUCAUUGAUGCCCUGGACACCAUGUGGAUCCUGGGGCUCAAGCAAGAGUUUGAAGAAGCAAAGGAGUGGGUCUCCACGGAGCUGACGUUCAACAAAAAUGUAGAUGUCAAUCUUUUUGAAAGCACCAUACGCAUCCUGGGAGGCCUGCUGAGUACCUAUCACCUGACUGGAGACAACCUGUUCCUAGACAAAGCUAAAGACAUUGGCUCGAGGUUGAUGCCAGCCUUCAACACACAGUCAAAGGUUCCCUACUCUGAUGUCAACAUCGGUAAAGGCACUGCCCACCCUCCACGCUGGACCUCAGACAGCACUGUUGCUGAAGUUACCAGUAUUCAGCUGGAGUUCAGGGAGCUCAGUCGCCUCACCCACGACCCUCAGUACCAGGCUGCUGUGGCUGAAGUCAUGAAUCUCGUGCACAAGCUGGAGGGSAAACUGGAUGGCCUUGUGCCCAUGUUCAUCAACACAAACAGUGGCCAGUUCACCCAUCAAGGUGUCUACACUCUGGGAGCAAGAGCAGAUAGCUACUAUGAAUACCUGCUAAAGCAGUGGAUCCAAGGAGGCAAGAAGGAGAAGCAAUUUUUGGAGGACUAUCAGCAGGCUGUGGAAGGUGUAAAGAAGAACCUUUUGCAGAAAUCUUCACCAAACAAUCUGACUUUUGUUGGGGAGCUCUCACAUGGACAAUUCAGCCCCAAAAUGGACCACCUUGUGUGUUUCCUACCUGGCACUCUGGCUCUUGGUGCUUAUAAUGGACUGCCUGCUGAUCACAUGGAUCUGGCCAAAGAGCUGAUGGAGACUUGCUACCAGAUGUACGUUCAAAUGGAGACGGGCCUGAGUCCAGAGAUCGUUCACUUUAAUAUGCAUCAAGGCAGCACCAGAGACAUUGAUGUAAAGCUUGCAGACAGACACAACCUCCUUCGACCAGAGACCGUGGAGAGUCUCUUCUAUCUGUACAGACUCACCAAGGAUCACAAGUACCAGGACUGGGGCUGGGAGAUUCUCCAGAACUUCAACAAAUACACCAAGGUUUCCACUGGUGGAUWCACUUCCAUCAACAACGUCCGUGACCCAGAGUAUCCCAGCCCCAGAGACAAGAUGGAGAGCUUCUUUCUGGGAGAGACCCUGAAAUAUUUGUACAUGCUGUUUUCCAACGACUCCAACCUCAUAAGCCUCGACCAGUAUGUCUUCAACACUGAAGCUCACCCCCUUCCUAUAUGGCCUUCUAGUGUGUGAGAACACCCGCAGCACAACAAACACCUCUCAGGGUUGGUACAACACCAAAACAUCAGCUUCAGUUUAGCACUGCAGAUGAGACAAAGCCUCCUUAAUACUGGUGACUCACUGUGGGUGUUGAAAGCUGUGUGUGGCUAAGCUAUGGCUAUUUAUUUGACUGUGUGUGUGUGGUGGUUGUUAUUGAAUAUAAGUUACUACUUGAAGCAUAAGAAUCAGAGAAAUGUUUCAGUCUCUCUGGAGACUAAAAUAUGAAGAAAACGAUGACCAAACUGUUGAUUCAGGAGUGAAAAAGAAGCUCUURGUAGCAGUUUUUUGCCCCUAAAGUAGAUUAUUUUCUGGACAGUAGGACAGCUUUUAAUCUAUGCUGAAAUGAAGCCAGUCUGUGUCUUGCAGGCUGGAUGUGUUUGUCUCAGAGGUCUGAGUCAGUUCACAUCUUUUCUCUCCUCGUGUGUGGAGAAUCUGUUCAGCGAUGGUAUCAGAGGAGCUGGGCUUGUCCUCAUCAGUCAUGUCGCCCUGCACCACAACGCUGAAACACACGUACCAAUCACACRGUUCACCCAACUCCAGGUCCCUCCUCCUGGACCCUGGCUGUCCAGGUGGUGCCAGGGGCUUACGUCACACAGAUGYGAGUAACGUCACAUGAAUUUUUUGUAGUGACACACGAGUUUAACUCAAUCAGAAGCUAACAUUAGCUACAAUUAGCUUACCGUUUGUCGUCCUACUCUCUUGUCUUUAGCGUCAUCUUGCUGGAUGCUCCGGUACAGCCUUCUGUACUUUUCCUUCGAGUUUGGUGUAGUUUAUUAUUAUUYUUGUGUCGCAAAUCAAAUUAAGAUUUGCAUGUGUUUAAUUAUGAUGCCGCACAUCGAGGCGGCUCUCUGUUCAGUGCAAACAGGGCCGGGGUAACGUAAGUCCAGGCUGACAGCWGUAGCACCCUCUUCUGGAUGGAGGCCAAACUACACUGAAAUAAGGUUUAAACAAAUGUUAUGAAUCGAUUGAAUGGAAGGAACUUUAAUCUAAGGCUACAUUCACACUGCAGGCAAAUCUGACCCAUAUCCGAUUUUUUUAUGACAGUCUGAACGAGACAAAUCCGAU